AUGGGCUGGGAUAGCGAGGCCCGCGGUCCGUGUUUCCGUCUGCUGCGGGAGGGCGGGGGCUGCGCGCUGCCCACCCUGCGCAACAUCACCCGCCAGGUUUGCUGCUGCAGCCGCGUGGGCAAAGCCUGGGGGGGCUCCUGCCUGCUCUGCCCCCCCUUCGGAUCCGAGGGGUUCCGGGAGAUCUGCCCGGCCGGGCCCGGCUAUCACUACUCGGCCUCGGACCUGCGCAUCAACACCCAGUUCCUGGGGCCGGGGGUCCCGCUGGGGCCCCCCCGGAGCGCCCCCAGCCCCU